CCCGCCCCUCAGCCUUCGCUCACCUCGGUCGGUAGGUGGUUCGCUGGGGGCAGGCUGCGCCGCGGGGAGGGCACCGUCGGGGAGAGGAGGACGCGAGGCGCUGUGGCAGCGGAGGGUGACGAGCUGCCCUUCGUUGUCGGCCGGGGACGCGCACGCGGCCAAUCUCCCACCCGGCCGCCCGCGAUCGCGCGUCCGCAGAGAUGUCGGCCGCCGGCGCCCGGGGCCUGCGGGCCACCUACCACCGGGUCCUUGAUAAAGUGGAGCUCAUGCUGCCUGAGAAAUUGAGGCCGCUGUACAACCACCCGGCAGGUCCCAGAACAGUUUUUUUCUGGGCUCCAAUUAUGAAAUGGGGGUUGGUGUGUGCUGGAUUGGCUGACAUGGCCAGACCUGCAGAAAAACUCAGCACAGCUCAGUCUGCUGUUUUGAUGGCUACAGGGUUUAUUUGGUCAAGAUACUCACUUGUAAUUAUUCCAAAAAACUGGAGUCUGUUCGCUGUUAAUUUCUUUGUUGGGGCGGCAGGAGCCUCUCAGCUCUUUCGUAUUUGGAGAUAUAACCAAGAACUAAAAGCCAAAGCAAACAAAGAGUUCCUGAUUGCCCGAACAAUCUAGAUUGGACAUAACCACUGGGACCUCGUUUGAUUUAUUAUUUGGUUAUUGAUAAGGGGAUGCUAAGUGUGCUAACAUUUGGAAGGCAUAAAAAAAAAUCUAACUGUAACUGGGAGUUAGUACUUGAUUCAACAAAAAAUAAAGCAAACUUACAUA